CGUAACGCACGCUGCAGCGGAACUAGUGGAUUUUGGUUCGGAUCGGGAUUCGCUAUAGUUUGGGUUUCGGCUUUCGUCGGGUUUAUCGGUCGGAUUGGUCUGCUUGAUCGGUUGGCCAACUGCAAGCCCAGCGGUUUUUCGGGCCCUGCAUUCGGCAGUUGUGAUUGAUGGACUGCAGUUGUUCCGCAAACUCUGACCUCUGACCCGCAGACAAUCAAACUCAGUGACUUCGAAAAGGGCUCUUUUUAUGAGGGUCUCUUGACCGAUUCUAAAAAACAGCCAUCAAAUAAAAAGUUCAAUUUCGGCUUUUUUUGUUGCCGGUUUUUCGGUUUUUCGGUUUUAGCAUUCCGCAUUUCGCAUUUCUCGAGCUUGUCGACGUCGUGUGCGCGGUCUUCAUAAAUUAUACAAGAGCGCAUUUUGCGAACGACUUGCAAAUAAAUAAGCAUUUACGCUUUUAUUAUUGCCCAGAGUGUGUGUGUUGUUGGUGUGCGAGUGUGUGUUUUUGGAGCAGCGGCCGGAGUUCUUCGGAAAUCGCUCCCAUGUGGCGCAAAGGCGGAGGAAUAAAAUAAAACCGAACCGAGGGUUCCCCACUUAAAAUAUCAUUUUUGCAUACAAUCAACAUCUAGCCAUAAAAGUGUGUGCGUCCUAUAAAUAUUGCGGAUCCGCUCUGAUUUGUGUGUGUUGAUAAGCCAGUGAUUGCCAGGCAUAAAGCUCCAGUGCCUGCCGCCCCUUCAGAUAUCUCGAGCAGAAAAUGUCCCACCAUUUGCGAUACACCGCGGCGUAUACUUAAUCUUGUCAACGGGCCCAAAGCACGGCUAAAGCAAACAUGAACUGCCUUUGUCGCCCAUCACGGAUUAUGUCCGUGCGCAUUAAUUUGCUGGAUGAAACCGAGUUUAUACACGAGAUCAAGGAUGAUUUGCCCGGCCAGGCUCUGCUGGAUGUCGUCUUCGCCAGGCUCAAUUUAAUCGAGACCUCAUACUUCGGCAUACGUUACAUAGACGAGGAGAACCAGACGCACUGGCUGGAUCCUGCGUCGCGCAUUUCGCGGCAACUCAAGCCCAAGUCGGACCCUUAUGACUUGUACUUCGGCGUGAAGUUCUAUGCCGCUGAUCCCUGCAAGCUGCUGGAGGAGAUAACCAGGUAUCAACUCUUUCUGCAAGUCAAACAGGACGUUCUGCAGGGCCGACUGCCUGUGGCCUUUGAACUGGCCGCCGAACUCGGAGCCUUUGUGGUGCAAUCCGAGCUUGGUGACUAUGAUCAGCGGCGCCAUUCGAAGGGCUAUGUGUCCGAGUUCCGGCUGCUGCCCAACCAGAGCAACGAGCUGGAAACCCGCGUCUCCGAACUCCACCAGCAGCUCAAGGGAAUGUCGCCCUCCAGUGCGGAGCUCAACUAUCUGGACAAAGUCAAAUGGCAUGAUAUGUACGGCGUGGAUUUGCAUCCCGUUCUGGGCGAGGACAGCGUGGAGUACUUCCUGGGCCUGACUCCUAGCGGGAUUGUCGUGCUGCGCAACAAGACGACGGUGGCUCAUUACUAUUGGCCGCGCAUUGCCAAAGUUUAUUAUAAAGGACGCUAUUUUAUGCUCAGGAUAAGCGAUAAAAAUAACGAGCUGAGCACCUACGGAUUCGAGACGCCUCGCAAAUCGGCCUGCAAGCACUUAUGGCGGUGCUGCGUGGAACAUCAUGCCUUCUUCAGGCAGGUGCGAGUGGCCCCUUUGCCCAGUUCGCAGUCGCAUGCCGCCGAUUUGUUCCAACUGGGAUCGCGCUUCAGGCACAGUCGCCCGGACAAGCAAACGGAGAAGGAUGCACUUUCCGCCGGACGAUCGCCGCCCGCCUUCACCCGCACUCCAUCGAAGCGCCAGCCGCGCCGCGUGAUUGAUGACUUUUUUAACAGCAAUAGCAAUGGCAAUGGAAACGGAAACGGAGCAAGUGGAGCGGGAACAUUAGGUGGAGGCAGCCACAUGGGCAACCGGCCCCUCCCCCAACCCGGAAUGGGCACCAUCUCCAACAACUACGACAGCCCCUAUCGCUCCACCUACAGCAUACCCACCAGCUUGGGGAUCCGACCCUGCCACCAGCAGCCCAACAACAACUCCAGCAGCUACAACAACAACAGUGGGGGCAACCUGCAAACGCCCGACUCCCCGCGCAGCACACGGAGUGCUCCCUGGCCAAGGUCCCAGCAGAGGUCCCUCUUCGGCCACAAUCCUUCGAGUCCGCGAUCCGUGAGAUCCGCUAGUACGGCGGGCGGUGGUCUGCACCACCAUCACAGCCACCACAGCCAUGGCCACGGCACCAGCCACCAUCCGCACCACCAGUCCUCGUCAGCGGGGCCCAACUCCUCGUCCUCGCACCACCACCGGCAGCAGCGGGCCAGCUCCUCCUCCGCCUCCCACCAGCAGCAGAGAUACCGCUCCAGCUCCGUUGAGAGCCACUCCUCCAACGAUUCCAGGUCCACGCGCAAGCAUAAGCACCGUCAUCGCCGCACCUCUGAUAAUGAAAGCGAGCUUUCGAGGGGAUCGGGUCGCUCUGGCAGAUCAGGACGUUCGCAUCAUCGCAAGCACCGCCGAUCCCACCGGCACCGAAGGGAUUCGGCUGGAGGAUCCGAUCACGACAGCACACGUGGUCGCAGCUACUCCGGACAUCGAAGCUCGUCGAUGAGAAGUGGAAGUGCCGAGCUCAUAGAUUCCACAUCGCAAUGGCGGGAGGUUCAGAGGCGCCAGGCGGAAGCAAGCCUGGGCCAAAGCUCUGUGCAACAGGCAGCUGUUUCGAAGAGCAGCAUGGUGGCCAGGAGUCUCCACAGCAACGACAGCCACUCGGACACCCAUUCGCACCACAAGUCCAGAAGGCAUCGCAAGAACAAGUCCCCAUCGGAAUCACGAAGCCGCAUGUGGAACAGUGAGCUAGCGAAGCACCUUCAAUUCGAUCUGGUGGACACGGAGGGCAUGUCGGAGCAACAAUUGCGGGAGAUUCCCUAUACGGUGGUGGAGACCACAUCGAAGAGAUCCAAUUCGAACCUGAAGAUCCACAAGAGCAACAGCAAGAGUAGCGUCGGGGCCAAGAGCACGGGAUCGGGCAACACCAUCACCAAUGGCAGUGGAUCGGGAAAUACAGGCCAGGCCAGGAAUCGCGUCGACCGUAUCAGAGGACUUUACUAUCAAAGCUCGCACCCACACGACACCAACGGAGUUCCUGGAACCGGAGGACAUGCACCCAAGAACGGUUCUAUCCGAUCGGCUAGCACUAUAUCUUCGAGGGAAUGCGAAAGAAAUAAUGGUCUGGUUAGAAUGAUGUCCAGCAUGAGCAUGGGCGACUUUAUCUCACCCACUGGCUCAAACCUGAGUCCUCUGGAGAACUCAGCUCUGCGUGUGUCUCAUGAGCACACUGACUCCGGACUGGGAGCUGAUCAGGAUUAUGCAUAUUCAUCGGAGAGAUCCAGCGACAGCACUCGCUAUGGCACUAACAAAUCCUCUGGCGCCUCCAGCGGAUCGCACCGGAAGUCGGGGGGCAGCGCCGGCGGCAACUACAACAACCUGAUGCAGCAGACCGUGAGUAACCAGCAGCAGCAGCAGCGCUCGCUGUUCGCCCAGCAGCAGCGCCAGCAGAAGAGCACCUACAAAUACGCCACAUCCUCGCCAUCGUCCACUAACCCAGGGAGCUCCUCGGGACUGGCGCCUGUCCACAACCCGGGCUCGAGCUCCAACCCGAACCCCAGUCAAAAUCCCAACAGCGCUACUAACUCUAAUCAGCAAUCGCCGGCUAACCGCCUGCUCCACUACACGACCUUCGAGAACAACCAGUACAAGUUCAGUCUGAACAAUGCGCUGGCCAAGAGUUCCAAGGGGGUCAUAAGUGGAGGAGGCAGCAUUAGCAACCUGGCCGGGAGUAUGGUAACAUCUGGUGUCGGUGGUCCAGGUUCUCAAGGUGGUGGUGGUGCUUUCAGCCGGCAGCGCAGCUUUGUGGAGUGGCCCAGCAAUCCGGCGUCGCCGUACUAUUACCAAGGUCCUUCGACGCAGCCGGCGCAGGUGAAGCGGCGGGAUGCCAAGUCAGAUAUUGGGGUGCCCACGAGGCGACUCUCCGGGCAGAGUCUUACCAAAACCCAGCUCCUAACUGGCGGUAACUCCCAGUUGGCCAAUGCAGGCUGUUAUCCCUUGCACUACGCCAGCAGCAGUGUCGCUGGAGCGGGUUACAAUCGUCCCUUAGGUCAGAGGUCAGGGGGCAGUGGCUCCUCCUCGGGAGGUUUUGGCCUGCAACCAGCCAAAUCGGAUCUCUUCUUGUCCUACAUACAUGGCGGGGAGUAUGAGAGGCCCUACAUCUACAACUAUAAGAUGCCGCAGAUGCCGGGAGGAGCAGGAGUAGGAGCCGGGCCAGGGGCAGGGGGUUCCCCGAAACAACAAACCACCGCUUACCACAUUUCUGGAUCACAGACCGCAGAUCCGCCGCCACCUCCCCCUCCACUUUACGGCGGCACGGCGCCCGCCAACGACGUCAUGUACUAUCAGUUCGACAAAGGAGCCGCCACCGUCGCUCCGUCAACGUCGUCGACAUCACCGCCCAUUGUCCAGCAGCCGCGGCAGUCGGGCGGUCCAUUAGUGUAUCUGCAACAUGGCCAGAAUGCGUCUGUGCCGGAGGUGCAGCAGCCAACUCUGGGAAGCAGCUUAGUGCGGAGCGGGCCAAGAAACGACGACUACGCCUGAAAUGGCAGCCAAGGCAACGACAUCAGCAAGGACAUCAAAUAAAACAAGCAAAUCAAAAAUUAUGACAGCACAGCACGGGGCAGGGCGGCCGAAGGAAAUGCCAAGCACGGGAUCCUGCGGCAGGGGAAAUUGUACUCGGAAAAAUGUAUAUGUCUGGGUGCAUGGUAUUUUUCUUAGCUGGCUUUUCUUUCUGGAAAACUAUCUCUAAAAGAUUGUAAUCAAAAUCAAGAACCUAACGCAUUUCUGUAUUUAAAAGAUAUUAGAAAAGUUAAGACCAAAGUUACUCCCUUCACUUUCCUUAAAAAGGAGGAUCCAUAAGCAUUGGAAAUUCAAGCUUUCCUUAUCAACUUGCCAUUUUCCUCAGUGUACUAGGACACGGGAUAGGGCCACCAUCUUGGCCAGGCCAAAGUGGCAAAGUGCGCAGCCAGCGGCCAAGAGACAAACGCCAAUGCUGACAACCCCCGAAAGGGGCGGGCGGGCUGGAGGGGUGGCCAUGGCGUCCUCGCCCCAAAAAGCAGUUAAGUCAAUAAAUUUACUGAUUUAAUGUGGCAAAAGUUUCGAUUGUUGUUGUCUCUGCCAUUUGCUGUGUUGUUUCAAGGGUUAGCAGUUUUUGCCGCCGGCAGAGGCAAAGGCGAAGGACAGAUCGAAUGAUGGUUUCCCUGGUUCCCUGGUGGAACGCCCGCAGUCGUUAUUAUAGCCAUUGUCCGGACUGUUUUCGUUUUAGUGGCCCCAAGGAACACGCCACACUUGGCCAAAUCCUAACAAAUGCUAGAUUAACACAAUUGGCAAACAAUAAAGGCAGCAAACUUAUAGGCCUUUAAGCGAUUGCUUAUUGGCAGUAGCUCUUCGGCGAGCGAACUGAACUGGGGACACAUUGAGUGAGUUGUUCUGUAAUUGGAAAUCAGCAUCAGGAAAUUUAAAUAAAUAUUUUGCCUAUUUGACAAACUCAUCAAUUAAUUUCCCGUUUUUUGCCAGCUGGUUGAAGAGCAAAGGUUAAAGGCCAACUAACGUUAUGACAGCCUUGGUCAACAGCAUGAAAUUUUAAAUUUAGAAAACAAAGGCCAGGGUAAACAAUGACCGCAGCAGAAAUGCAUUGCAUCAUAACUUUGAAAAAAGCGCAAACAAAAACGGUCAUAAAAAAUAUGAAAUUGCCAAUUGAUUUAUUGGCAGAAAACAUUUUCCAUGUCAAAUAGUGCGGAAAAUGCAAAAAGCGAGAAACAAAGGGAGAACUUUAAACAAAUACUCCUUUAUUUAUGCUGCAUCCCGUGUAUGAUUUAAUUAUUCAUCAUGUAGGCAAUUGCGAAUACUAGAUGGUUGACGGGGGAGGCCCUUUUCCGGCUCUAAGCGCCCCUUUGUCCUUUGACCUGCGGGCGGCAUAUGGCAUAUUUUUAUGCAUUUUUAUUUAAAAUGUUUUAUGCAUAUCGGGAAAAAGGCGAAAUAGGGUUAGGGAACUGAUGGCGGAGUAGAAAAAACAGAUCGGGCGCUUGGUAGGUAGCAAUUAUCUUUGAUGGCGACAGUUGCCAGACGAGGUGGUGACCCGUCCCUGACAUUGGAUGCGCCUCCUGCCCCGUCUCCCUGGGAGCCGCGUGUUAAUGAACGGGGCGUUUGACACUGGGCCACAUUUAUGCCAGACAAUUUGAUGCAUUAGCGUGCGAGUGCGAGUGUGUGUGUGUGUUUGUUGGCCAUGGGCCAUGGGCGUGUUUGCCCAAUUAAGACACACACACACACAUAAACUGGCAUACACAUACACACACACCCAUAAACGGGGAGGAAAAUUAAUUAAAUUCCUUGGCUUUGGCCAGCGCUCUUGAAGUUUGUUUAUGCAAUCUUGUACGUGUUUCCAUUAGGCUACAAUUCAAAGUUCAUUAUUGAAUGGAAGUGGGCGAGGCCUAGCAGAUAAACUUGCCUCCUGCGGCAACAAAUACGAUUUUCAAGUUGAAUGCAAUUUUAAUUAAUAGAAAAUCAAACAAACUUUGUAUAUCCUCGUGCAUAUACAAAACAAACUUGUCUUCUCCGGCAAACUUGUGUAGUUUGGCUACAAAAAGCGUAAGCCGCCGGUACACAAAGGCCGUAAGCUUAAGUGAGUGAAGGAUACUCGUACUCGUACUCGUCCUCAGACCUCUCAGAACCAUUCGAGUGUGUUUGUGCACCUUUCUGAUUUCAUUUACAAAUGAAUCUCACUGCCCGCCCAUUCGCCCAUUCGCCCAGCCCGCCCUUUGCUUAUAUGUUGACUUUUGGCAAAGAACUCGCCAUCAUAAAGGCAUCAAAUGGGCUACGGGCGAACGUGUCUUGGGCCAAAUUGAAUGAGCUUUUAAGUGUAUUGAGGCAGAGACAGAGCCAAGUCGCAUUCAAUGCGAUUAGUUACCGCACAUGUCUGCCACCUGAAUGGCUUAAUUCGAGGCUUAAAUGCAAAUCAAGGAGUGCUCUAAUGCUUACUUAUAUAUUUUUAAAUGAUUAGGUUCAGUCGGGUGCCUUAAAGGGGUAUUAAUAUAUCGAUUCACAAAAGUGUACAAAUAUAAAAGUGAAGAAUAGUUUCCGCUUGCACUCCAACUUCGAAACGCACUUUGCAGGCCAUUAAACAGAUCGAGUGAACUUGUUGUUUAAGAGCAGCCUUAACUGGAAAUUGGAGGAGGCCCUUUAAAGAGAGCCCCCCAACAGGCAACUAACUAACCCCUGGAACAACAAGGACUCAGAAGGAAUCGCUAUCCGCUGUGCAAUCAACAGAAAACCGCAGGGCGUGCGGCGCAUUUCGAAUGGGUUAGGGAGCAACAGUCCCUCCCAGAGACCACCUGAAACCAAUCCCCGACCCCAAGCAAUCUACCUGCCUUUUGCUGGCCACCUGUGCACGUGGUUUGAUUCGAAUGGUCAGCUGUUUGGCCGCCGGGGCUUUUGUUACCAUUCCCAUUACCAUCAGCUUGGCUUUUGGCAUUGUUGAUUGGGGGCCCUUGUUAUUCGAGUAUUUUGCGUGUAAUUAAAACUGUGCAGGGCCCGCGGUCCUAAUGAUAAAUUCAUAAGCUGGGCAGGGGUAUUUUGGUUGCUGUUUGUAAAUUAAUUAAAAUACUAUCGAAGCAUACAUUCCGUUGAUUUUGUCAAUAUUUUCCUAAUUGAAAUAUUAUUUACCCAGUCGAAAUUGUCGAUAAACAGCAUGUGUUUGUGUUUUGCCUGCGCCAUUAUUACGAUAGACCUGAAUGUUAUGUUAAAUUAGUAAGCCUAAUAUUGGGAUAAACAACUAGAUGUGUAAGUUGCAUGCCCCGUUUGUGCCUAAACUAGCGAAUAGAGAACAAUAGAGCGUGAUUAGAGCCCUGCAAGAAAGCUAAACCUUGUUUGUAUUUUCAAACCUCACCAAACCCCGUACAACAACCCCCAACCACCAAACCAACAAACCACCCCAAAUUGGAUUCGAUUUGCGAUCCCUGAAAGCAGACGCACUCGUCGCACUCCUGCAGCGA